GGACUGAACCUCUUUCCGCGACGUAAAGAUGGCAGCCUCCUGUGUUGGUGCAGGGUUGCAUUGCAGCCGUCUUGCAGCUUGCAGGAAGGUCGGGAAAUGGCAGUUCCCGGCGCUGCAGUCGGGCUGUCGGUUGUAUGGUCACGGCGAGGGUUUGCAGAAGAAGCUAACGGAGAGAUUGAUAGCUGGCAACACAGCGCUGGGCUUUGCGUUUGUGCUGGGUGGCACCCUGGGUCUGUAUCAGACAGUCAGGCAUUAUGCACGGCAGCAUCAAGCCCAGCAGCAACAUACAAAGGACUCCAGGGCUGGUCUGUCUCUAACUUUGUAUCAGUAUAAGACCUGUCCAUUCUGCAGUAAAGUCCGUGCGUUCCUAGAUUUCCACUCACUGCCCUACGAAAUUGUGGAAGUCAACCCGAUCUUACGGAAAGAGAUCAAAUUUUCCAGUUACCGAAAGGUUCCAAUUUUGAUUGGGGAGAAUGGAGAAAAAGUGCAAAUCAACGAUUCCUCGGUUAUCAUCAGUGCUAUAAAAACAUAUUUAGUGUCCAGGGACAGAAACCUACAUCAGGUGAUAUCAUUUUACCCAGAGCUGAAAUCAAAAAAUGAGAAGGGGAAGGAGAUCACUGAAUACAGCAACAAGUAUUGGGUGAUGCUGGAGGAUCAGGAUGAGCAGCAAUUCUAUCCCAAUAAGGAGAUUAGAAAGGAAGAAAUACAAUGGCGCAGGUGGGUGGAUGACUGGCUUGUUCACCUCAUUUCACCCAAUGUCUACCGCACUCCUGGAGAAGCCCUGGAGUCUUUCGACUACAUUGUGCGAGAGGGGAAAUUUGGUGUGGUUGAAGGAUUUUUUGCAAAAUAUGUUGGAGCAGCUGCCAUGUUUUUUGUCAGCAAGAGGCUCAAGUCCAGACACAAUCUUCAUGAGGAUGUACGGCAGGAUCUGUACAAAGCAGUUGAUCAGUGGAUGGCUGCUGUGGGCAAGCACAGGCCAUUUAUGGGUGGAAACGUGCCCAAUCUCGCUGAUUUGGCUGUCUAUGGAGUUCUCCGGGUAAUGGAAGAUCUAGAGGCAUUCGGUGAUAUGAUGGCAAACACCAAGAUCAAGCCAUGGUACCAGAGAAUGGAGGAAAAUGUACAGAAAGGAUCGAGAUUAAGCAAUAAUUUGUUGCCAGGAGAAUCACAUUAAACAUUUCCAUUCAUUUUGAACAGACAACUGGAUCUUUAUGCAGAGAAGAAUGGGAUUUAUUUAAAAGCUCACAAAACAUUCACCCUUUGUUAACAAAGAGUGUGAAUUGGUGCAAUUCAUAGCUUAAAUCAGGUCUAAAGCAAACAUCAGGGCAAGCUUAAUAUUAAAAUAAAAUUGAUGAAUGUAA